AAUAACAAAUCCCACAAAUUGAUCUGUCAGGAAAUCUAUGGGCAGAAAUGGUUCAAACCAUCCAUCAUCAUCUGCUUUAGACAAAAAAUAAUUCCACCAUGACAAUGAUUGAUAGUUACAGGUAAGGGCCAAUCCAGAUUCUUACCUCCGGAAAAAGAUGAUUUCAUAUCAUGGUCAGAAAAUGAUAUUACAGUAUUUUAACCGUAUUCACCAAUCCCCACCACCACCAGCCCAUUAUAGUUUAAAUAAAUGGAAUUCAUGAAGUAAGAAGAAUGGUAAAACAUGAAAAGAAAAAUCAUAAAGGACCAGGGGUUUUAAUAAACUAGGUACACAGUCAGUUCUUAGUCACCUCCCGAGUCCAAGUUUAUCCAAUCGUCUAUUCUUUAGUUUUUGUCAUGGUUAUUACGAGAUUUACAGAGAGAGACUGAAUAGACCCUGUUUCCCCUUAAAAGAUCGAACGUACGAGCAAAUUUAAGCUUUGUUGGUUGAAGAAUCCAACAAAAGCGUUUUGUAGCAGACCAAGAAAAAGCUUGGGGCCGCUUUUGAUUCUAUUGAUUGCCAGCCCUCUGAGAAGGCUUGCCCACAUCCUCAGUUAUGUCUGUUUAUGCCUAGAAUCUCUUUUUUCUAAAGACCCAAAUGAUCUUUCAUGUUAAAAUAGGCCUUGGCCUCGGCAGAGUGUGAAUGAUUGCUGAAGUGAGAAGACAUGAAUGAGAAUUCAUGGAACAUUUCUCCCUCCAGCCAAGAAGCAUCGAGAGACAUCACCAGGGAAGACCACUGGAGGCAUUUCGACAACUCUGUGAAUGCAGUGUCCUUUGGGUUUGUGGCAACUGCCAUUCUGAUUUCCAUGUUUUUGGUCAUGGCCAUUUUCGAGAGGUUUCUGAGGCCGAGGCCCUCUUUUUCAUCAGCUCAGGAUAGUAACACUGGGAAUAGGUCACUGCAGUCCACAGAUGUCAGAGUUGGAAUGCGGUUCUUGGAGAAGUUGGAGGAUUCUAACACUGUCUCUACAUAUGCAAGAGGGGUGUCUGUUGUAAUGCCAGGGCAAGACAUUCCAACAUUCAUUGCUCAUCCAGUUCCCGUGGCAUGUCCUCCUGAAGGGAUAUCCUGGCCUUUGCAUGAAGAGGGAUAUUAUUUUGGAUCAUCUAGCUUAGGUGUGAAUUCCUUCCAAACAGACCAAGAAAAAUCUGAUAAUGCAGCUAGAUCUGUUUGAAGGAUUGCAUCUCCUUUGUAUGUUGUAUAUAUUAUAUGGAGAGAUGAAAGAGAUGCAGCUGAGGUUGAGAUGACUGUAAAUCAACUUGCAGAUUAAAUGAGUAUGAAUUCUUUUCUGGUUCA